CAACGCUGUUAUCAUGUUACACCUGUGCGAUAUAGGAUAUUGGUUGAGACUUUGAGAGAGCAUUAUCGAAGUGGUUCGCAAGGCUAGCAAACGAAUACAGGUAUGGCAAGAUCCCCAAUAAGAUCUAAAGCAUUAGACAUUAGUCAACAUCCAAAGGGACCAAGUCGAUUACCUUUGGGGAAGAAUGAAGGGCCUGUUGCUGUCGCAAACAGAAAACAAAUUUUAGAAAUCGCAAGACUUGUACAGUCGAUGGGCGAUUUUGAAAUCGAUGAACAAAAACAACAGGAAAUCAAGAAAACGAAAGACAACGUGAAAUUGACAAAACAUCAGCGCCUAACAAAUUGUUGGAAUAAAGUUGUGAAAACUGUCUGCUUGGUUGUGGACUGGUUGGAGCAACCAUCGCAUCAAAAGCAUGCAACCGACCAAACCGAUAGCAUUGACUCAACAAUGCGAGACACCGCGUCAAGUACACCAGAUACUACCAAUAAAUCAGAGGACGAGAUGGUGUUAAGAGGCUUGUACCAUAUCAUAGUUCUUGGCUCCCAAACUUUGACCAUUAAGUUGCUAGAAGUCAUAUCGGAUAACUUAGAUAUUCCGGGAAAUCUGUAUAGCGCGAAACGCGAAUAUGCUGAAGAAUGUCUUCGCUUGGUGGAGGAAAAAUACUAUCCAACUUUGGAUGUUAUUGAAAAGGCGUCCGACCUUUUGGUGGAACUAACAAGAGAUUUCGAACCUCACAAAGUUGACAUAUUUAACUCAUACGUUGGUCGUGCUCAAUUGGAGAUACAGCUUUGUCGUGAUUUUCUCGAUGAGGCAAAAACUGCCAUUGACGAAUUGAUGGAAAAAGUUAGCAUAGUGAAAUAUGUGUCACGUGGCGUGCGUUUACUAGGAUGGGGAGUCACGUGUUACUCUUUGUAUCGUAUUACAUCAUCCACAUCUAAACUCGAGGAUCUUGCAAACUACGUUGUCCCUUUGAGGAGUGCUGCAGUAAAGAAAUUAAUCCUUCGGUUGCCUCUUCUGGCAGGCUACGCGAUUUCUGGCUACUUGUGGUUGUCUAGUUUCCGCCCAAAACGUGCUUACGAGCUCCGAGAAAAUCUUGAAAAGAUGCAAUACAAGCAUAGUUUUUUUAUGAUGCAGUUAAAGUACUUAGACAGACGACUGGAAUUGUUGCAGAAUGAUUUUUCUCGUCGGGAUAGCGUUUAGCACAUUUAAUAAAUACUUUAUGAAUACUUUCGAGUAAAUUGAAAACGAGCUAACUGACAACGUGUAGUUAGAAAUCCCACCUCACUGAGAUAUUGCUAGUCAAUUCGUGUAACUGUACAAGCAUUCAAUAUGAAUAAUAUUUGAAACUGAUGAUGAAACAGGUGUGAAAUUUCUGAAAACUGAAUCAAAAUGAAGAUCCAAAGUGAAGUUCUGUAAAGGGUUGAGUUUUGAUAAGUUGAGUUUAGGCUAAUUCUCACAUAGUCGUCCGGGUUGUUUGAAUCGUCUCAACUAAUUUUUCAUUCAUCUGAAUAGAACUCCGUCCUAUCGGCUUGCGUUCUAGAGAUGACUCAGACAUGACUCGGAGUCUCGGACGAUAUAUCAAAACCCUUGGACAUAUCAACAUUGUAGAGUUUUUAAUUUGUAAUUUGCAUUACUGCAUGAAGGUAAUAUCGUUUAUCUGAGUUUAACUGUCACACCUGACGAUAGAGAAUACAAUUGAUAUACACGA